AUGUCAAAUCUUGCAAAUCUUGAAUUUGUUGGACUUGAUAUAUCUGGGAAAAAUUAUCUAUCAUGGGCAUUGGAUGUUGAAAUGCAUCUAAAUGCAAAGGGUCUUGGUGAAACUAUUAAAGAGAGUAAUGAUGCUUCGAUACAAGAUCGGGCAAAGGCGAUGAUUUUCAUACGCCAUCACCUCGACCAAGGGUUGAAAGAUGAAUAUCUCACAGUGAAAGAGCCCCUUGAGCUCUGGAAAAUGUUGAAAGAAAGAUAUGAUCAUCAGAGAACAGUAAUUCUCCCAAAAGCUCGAUAUGAUUGGAUUCACUUGCGAUUGCAAGAUUUCAAAACUGUGAGCGAAUAUAAUUCUGCUAUGUUCAAAAUCAGCUCUCAGUUGUUAUUAUGUGGAGAAAAAAUCACUGAUGAGGAUAUGCUUGAAAAAACCUUCUCUACUUUUCAUGCAUCCAAUAUUGUGCUUCAACAGCAAUAUAGAGAAAAAGGUUUUUCCAAAUAUUCUCAAUUAAUUUCAUGUCUCCUUGUGGCUGAACAAAACAAUGAGCUGUUAAUGAAAAACCACGAGGCACGACCUACUGGUUCUAUCCCAUUUCCUGAGGCCAAUGGUGUGUCAUAUAACAAUGAAAAUACAAGAGGCCGAGGUCGUGGUCGUGGCCGUGGCCGUGGCCGUGGUCGUGGUCGUGGACGAAACCAUGGUUAUAAUCCCGGUCAUGGACAAAAUCGUCAUGGUGGUUAUAAUUUCAAAAACAAAAGUUACCACCGAAAAUGGGAAAAUAAUGGUGCAAAACAUGACAAAGAAAAGCAUGGAAAUCCUCCCAAAAAUGUUGAAAACGCAUGUUAUCGUUGUGGCAUGACUGGCCAUUGGGAGCACACUUGUCGUACUGCAAGGCACCUUGUGGAUCUCUAUCAAGCAUCCCUGAAAGAGAAAGGAAAGAAUAUAGAAUCCAACAAUGUUCUUGUGAAUGACGAUUUUGACAUCACACAUUUGGAUGUGGAAGACUACCUUGGGCCAAUAGAGAAGAAAGAUUGA